UUCCUCUUUCUUCUGCGGCCUCAGAGACUAUCUGAAAAUGGUCCGCUACUCACUUGACCCCGAGAACCCGACAAAGUCUUGCAAGGCGAGGGGUUCCAAUCUGCGGGUUCAUUUUAAGAACACUCGCGAGACAGCUCAGGCCAUCAAGGGCAUGCACAUCCGCAAGGCCAACAAAUAUUUGCGUGAUGUGGUUGUUAAGCAUCAGUGUGUCCCAUUCCGUCGCUACAAUGGUGGUGUAGGAAGGUGUGCUCAGGCCAAGCAGUUUGGUUGGACCCAGGGACGUUGGCCUAAAAAGAGUGCAGAGUUUCUCCUUCACAUGCUUAAAAACGCUGAGAGCAAUGCUGAACUCAAGGGUCUGGAUGUGGAUUCUUUGGUCAUUGAACACAUUCAAGUGAACAAGGCCCCAAAGAUGAGGAGACGCACCUACCGUGCCCAUGGCCGCAUCAACCCUUACAUGAGCUCUCCCUGCCACAUUGAGAUGAUACUCACUGAGAAGGAGCAGAUCGUCCCCAAACCAGAGGAGGAGGUGGCCCAAAAGAAAAAGGUCUCACAGAAGAAGCUGAAGAAGCAAAAACUGAUGGCACGGGAAUAGAUUUCAAUAAUAAAAUUGAGAAAAUACUGA